CCCCCGCCACGUCCUUCGACGGCUCCUCGCAAGCCGUCGACUGGUCAAAGACCUCCUCCGAGGCCGACGACUGGAAGGCCGCCUGCUCCUCCUCCUCCGGCACAGAGGCCUCCUGCUCCACCUCCUGCUCCUGCUCCACGUCCAGCUCCUCCACCUGCCGCUCCUCCUCCUCCUCCGAAGCCAAAGUAUUCACCGGCGUCUGAGUCACCUGUUAUCCUAACACCAGUGGCCUCAACGGUGGCUUCUCGUCUUCAUUUGGGUCCUGCGAGAUCACGAAGAUCAUCCAUCGAUUACAAAACCCAGCACAUCUGCCAUGUGUACACCAUCCACUCGCUACUUACGCUCUUUGUGAUUUGCCAACUGGUGCCUUUGAGGAUCCUCGAGAUGGACUUUGGCAAACUGAUCUCGCCCCUGGUUCCCAGUUUCGUGUGGCUCAUUCUAUUGGUUGGAUUCAUCCUCAUCCUGGCCUUUGUGCGAAGGGCCAACCAGUGCCCGUGCAACUACUUGCUGGCCAUCAUGAUCAUGGAGAUCCUCAUGAUCUUCGUGAACUGCCUGCAGUGGCCGCACCUCUCGAUUCUCUGGAUGGCCGGUGUCCUGGCAAUCGUCCUCGUGCUAAACCUCCUGCUCUACGUGAGUGGCAUGUUUAUUCCGCUGAAGAUCCUGCCGGGUAACAUAUUCAUGAUCAUCUUCACAUUGUGCUGCUGUGUUGUUGUCAUCUCGAUAUACAUCAUUGUGUAUCUAAAUGGCAACAAGUAUUUGCUGCGCUAUGUGGCGAUGGUCAGUUUCUUUUACGUGGCAUGCCUCACCCUCUAUAUGGUCACCGUCGUCCACCAGCGGAGGCACGAGCACAUGGAGCGAUCGGAUCACGUCCUCCACGCCACCCUCUUGGCCGUGACCUUCAUCUACAUGAUCCAUUCCGUCUCCACAAUGGUCAGAUUCGGCCAGUUUCUAAUCGACCGACUGUAAAUUAAUCAUGUCUAAGAAAUAUAUUGUCAGAAAAUAAUUGUAAUAUAAAAACGGAACAAAUUUA